UUUGGAGUCGCAACGUUGUCGAACCUGGCUCAAGUGGCGCUGACGUCGACGUUGAUUUUCGGAAGCAGCAGCUUCCCUCGCUCUUCCUCUUUCCGCAUCAGCUUUUACGAGAAUCAGUAGAAGCAGGCCUGACAAGAUGUCGUCCCAUCUGAACUGGAUGAUCAUCCGCAACAACAAUGCCUUUCUCCUGAAGAAACGCAACAUCAGCAAACCCUUCUCGACGGAGCCAAACAAUCUGACAAAUCUCAGCAGCUACCGUUACUCGGGUCUUGUACACCGCAAAAGUGUUGGUGUAGUUGACACCCCAGACAAGAAGGGAUUCACUGUUGUUUACAAGAAAGCCAAGAGUGUGAACAAGCCCGCUAAGGCUACUGUCAGGCGGACAAUGAAGGCUGGAGCCCGCAGAUCUCUCUACAAGCUCAAGACUCUCCUCAAGAAGAACAAGUACCGCGUUGACCUCACCAAGGUUGCUCUGCGCAGAGCAAGUGCUGUUCUCCGCUCCCAGAAGGCCCUGCCACCAAAGAAAACGAGGGUAACAAAGAAGGCAGAUUAAUGUAUUUAAUACAAUAAAUUCUUUUAUUCAAAAAAUCAA